AUGUCUUUAGCGGAUGUUCAAGAACGCUCAGAAAGAAAAAAACUGUUCUAUCUAUCUAUCUAUCUAUCUAUCUAUCUAUCUAUCUAUCUAUCUAUCUAUCUAUCUAUCUAUCUAUCUAUCUAUCUGUUUACUUUCUGUCUUUCUUUAUCUAUCUAUCUAUCUAUCUAUCUAUCUAUCUAUCUAUCUAUCCCUUUCGUUAUCUCUUCAUCUCUCUCUCUUUUAUUUAACUCUAUCGCUCUCUCUUUAUCUAUCUAUCUAUCUAUCUAUCUAUCUAUCUAUCUAUCUAUCUAUCCCUUUCGUUAUCUCUUCAUCUCUCUCUCUUUAUUUAACUCUAUCGCUCUCUCUUUAUCUAUCUAUCUAUCUAUCUAUCUAUCUAUCUAUCUAUCUAUCUAUCUAUCUAUCCCUUUUCGUUAUCUCUUCAUCUCUCUCUCUUUAUUUAACUCUAUCGCUCUCUUUAUCUAUCUUUUCAUCUAUCUAUCUAUCUAUCUAUCUAUCUAUCUAUCCCUUUCGUUAUCUCUUCAUCUCUCUCUCUCUUUAUUUAACUCUAUCGCUCUCUCUUUAUCUAUCUAUCUAUCUAUCUAUCUAUCUAUCUCUUUAGUUAUCUCUUCAUCUCUCUCUCUUUAUUUAACUCUAUCGCUCUCUCUUUAUCUAUCUAUCUAUCAUCUAUCUAUCUAUCUAUCUAUCUAUCUAUCUAUCUAUCUUUUUCUUUCUUUAUCUAUUUAUCCCUUUCUUUACUUUUUGUCUUUCUUAAUCUAUCUAUCUAUCUAUCUAUCUAUCUAUCUAUCUAUCUAUCUAUCUAUCUAUCUAUCUAUCCCUUUCGUUAUCUCUUCAUCUCUCUCUCUUUAUUUAACUCUAUCGCUCUUUCCAUAUCUAUCUAUCUAUCUAUCUAUCUAUCUAUCUAUCUAUCUAUCUAUCUAUCUAUCUAUCUCAGCAUGCUCAUUAUCUAUCUACCUAAGCCUGUUCAUAUCUAUCUAUCUAUCUAUCUAUCUAUCUAUCUAUCUAUCUAUCUAUCUAUCUUUUCUCUCCACCUACUUACUUUCUUUCUUUCUUUCUUUCUUUGCUUUUCUUCCAUUGAUAUCUAAUCAGAAUCAGUCUAAUGUUCUUACGUGA